UUUCAGGCAAGGACAAGAAGUCAGAACAUUUUUGUUUCAUUUAUAACCUGUGUAAACGUGAACUGCUCAAACCACGUGGAACACCGUUUCAAUCUUAUUACCUCUCAUUCCACGUUCAAUCAGUAUAAAACUUCCAAAAUGGCUCUUCUCUUCGUUUUUAUUGGAUUCAAUCUAGCAGUCACUGUAUUUGGAUACACUCUUUUUUGGAAUCUUUUCCCCAAAGAUCGAAUGGGAGCAAUUCAACGGCAGAAUGCCGAUUUGAAAAGAAUGGACAGUGAGAACAACAACACAGUGCUAAGAACAACGGAAGAUCGAAAGUGCAAAUAAGAGACAAUAGAUUCGGAAUAGAGAAAUACAAUAACUACGAGUAAACUGCAAGUCUUGACCCAAAUCAAAUUAAUUUUCUGAAAUUUAUCGGAUUGAUUUUAUUUUUAUUUUUUCAAAAAUAAAACGAGAUUCAUUUAAU